CGUCGUGAUAAUUGUAUUGUUUUAUCUUUUUAUUAUUUUAUUGUUUCCCUUAUACGUGACUUUACCGAAAGAACCAAGAAUAUAACUUCACAGUGAUUUAGAAAUACCCGUAAAACCCUUUGCCAAGAUUUAUACAAAUUGCUUGUAGGUUUUUUUCUUAGAGCAAGUGUGAACCUGGCUUGCUUUUGCCCCUCGGGAUAGAUGCCACUCCUAAUGAGAAAACCCCCCUCCAAAUUACAUAUACUCCGAGCAUUUAUCAGCCAAGUUACUUAAAACGAGGCUCCAUGGCAAGACUCCUGCUCAUCGCGAUCUUCGCUGUCGGAUGGACAUCGCAGAGGGACCCACGAUGCGAGGAAGUGUCGGGCCACCCCGUGGUGCCAUCACGCCCGGCCCCGCCACUCCCGUCGCCGAUCACGUUACCCGCUCGGCCCGGACGCGGAGCCCGAAGGUUGAGACGUUGCACGUGCAGCUCCAUGCUCGACACGGAUUGCAUCUACUACUGCCACAUGGACAUCAUCUGGGUGAACACGGCCGUGCGAACCGUCCCUUACGGAGUUGGGAGCCGGACGAGGAGGAGGAGACGUCGAGUCGGCAGUGCCGGCACCUCAUCGGAGGCGGGGCCUAGCAGAGGGCAGCGAAGUCGCUGCCCUCCGCACAGGUGCAGCUGCUCCUGGAGCGAUGAUCGGCACUGCAGGGAUUUCUGCAGAAUGACAGGCGCAAGGCCACAGUGAUGAACGGGUGUCCAGGUGGUCGACAUCCAACGUUGACGUCUGAGUUUAUUUCCCGAUCUGGGAGAAAAUUUUGAAGCUGUCAUUUGGUGAUGUUUGCAAAUGACAGAAACGUGUAACUGUCCAGAGAAAAUAAAUGCAUGCAACUUUUAUAAGAUGCCAUCAUCAGUAUCCUCAUAAGCUUUACCGUAGCAAUUUCCUAUUCUGUUCGUGUACCAAUGGUAUGCAUGUGAUAAAAAGGAUAAUGGACCUGUGAUUCUUUAAAUAAGUUGUUUAUCUUCUUUUUGAAAUAGAGGAAUGAAAUACAUUUCCAUAAUUGAGCUAUUUGUUACCUGUGUAAAUUAGUUUUUCCUAUGCUAUGUUGUUGUUUUGAAUCUAGAGAUUUAAAUAAAAAGCAUCUCUGGAUAAACUGGAUUGAUUUUGCAGUAUUUUUCUCAGUGUAUGCCCUGUGUCAGAAAAUGGCCAUGGGAGAGAUGUUUUAACAGGACUAUCCUCCCCCCCAGAAAAUAAUUCA